AUGGCGGCAUUAGGGGUGGGAAGAAAUUACUUUUUUAAUUGUUGGACGUGGGUGGAGGUGGCGUUGGCAUGGCGUAAUGGACGAGAUGGAAUUGCUGGAAUUGGUAUCUUUUGGAGGUUGGGGAUGGGUGAGGCAUCCAUUGGCGUCUUCUGCAUUUAUGCUUGCAUCUAUGUUUGUGUGCUGCCCGGCGCUGCAGAAAUGGUUUCCAGAACUGCCCAGAGAUGUAAGCUCUCACCUAUAUUUAUACACCUAAAAUCCAAAUCCCCAACUCAAUUUGAAACCCCAACCCCUCAUCAAAAAUUCAAAACAGACUGUAAAAUCGACACCAAUGAUGCAUUAACCUGCUUUUAUAAUAUGCUCAGAAUGAAACCAUCGCCACCCAUAUGGUCAUUUAACAAAUUGCUAGGCUCUGUUGCCAAAACCAAGAAUUAUCAAGACGUCAUUUUUAUGUACCAGCGGAUGGUUGAAGUUGAUGUAUUGCCGGAUAUUAGUACAAUUAAUGUUUUGCUCAAUUGUUACUGUUGCUUGAAUAGGGUUGAUAUUGGUCUUGCUGUUAUGAGUGGGGUUUUUAAGAGAGGGUAUAAUCCAACUAUUUUUACUUUCAAUUCAUUGUUUAAGGGGUUAUGUAGGAGUGGAAAUUCUGAAGUGGCACUACGGAUGCUCGAGGAAGUGGAGAACGGGAAGGGAAUGUCUGAUUUUAGGCCUAAUUUGAUUUGUUAUAACACGCUUAUUGACGGCCUCUGUAAAGAGGGGCUGUUGAACAAGGGUAAACAAUUGUUUUUGCAGAUGAAGGAUGGGGGAAUUAUGCCAGACUUGGUUACAUAUAGUGGUUUAAUUCGUGGUUUUUGCAAGGGCAAUGAGAUUGAUGAUGCAAGGGAGUUGUUUGUUUCGAUGGAGGUUAAAGGCUAUAAGCCAGAUGUUGUAAGCUACACCGUGUUAAUUAAUGGAUAUUGCAAGUACCAAAAAUUGGAAGAGGCCAUGAGGCUUUUCGAAGAAAUGAUAUGCAAAGAAUACAAGCCAAAUGUUAUUACAUUCAACACUUUGUUGAUUGGUCUAUUUCAAGUAGGUAAAGUUGAGGAUGCACAGGAACUUUUUGCAAAAAUGAAAGUCCAUGAAGUCACUCCGGAUUCUGCUACUUAUGAUAUAUUAUUGGAUAGUUUUUUCAAAAAUAAUUGCCUCGCACAAGCAAUGGAGCUAUUUCAUACUCUGGAAAGAUUUGGCCUUAAUCUUCGCAUUAACACCUAUAAUUGUAUCCUUGAUGGAUUAUGUAAAGCACGAAAGCUUGAUUUAGCGAGUGAACUAUUUGGAAAGUUGUCUCAUAAGGGUUUGGAACCAACAGAUUUUACAUAUAACAUCAUGAUUGAUGGCUUUUCUAAGUUUGGAAAUGGCAAAUAA